AUGCCGUUCAUGGCCACGUUCUGGCAGCGCUUUGCCAAAGCCAACGCCUGCAUCGAAGUCGAAGACCACGUGGCGUUUUUAAUAACAGUCCCAACUGCCCUGGCGAUCUUCUUUGCGAUAUUCAUCCUCGUGUGCAUCGAGUCCGUGUUUAAGAAGCUGCUACGCCUUUUCUCUUUGGUGAUAUGGAUGUGUCUGGUGGCCAUGGGGUACUUGUUCAUGUGCUUUGGAGGCACCGUCUCCCCCUGGGACCAGGUGUCCUUCUUCCUCUUCAUUAUCUUCGUGGUAUACACCAUGCUCCCCUUCAACAUGCGAGACGCCAUCAUCGCCAGCGUGCUCACGGCCUCCUCCCACACCGUCGUGCUGAGCAUCUGCCUGUCCGCAACGCCCGGGGCCAAGGAGCACCUGGUCUGGCAGAUCCUGGCCAACGUGAUCAUUUUCAUCUGUGGGAACCUGGCGGGAGCGUAUCACAAGCACCUCAUGGAACUUGCUCUGCAGCAGACGUACCAGGACACGUGCAAUUGCAUCAAGUCCCGGAUCAAGCUGGAAUUUGAAAAGCGUCAGCAGGAGCGUCUCCUGCUGUCUCUGUUGCCGGCUCACAUAGCCAUGGAGAUGAAAGCUGAGAUCAUCCAGAGGCUGCAGGGCCCCAAAGCCGGCCAAAUGGAAAACACAAACAACUUUCACAACCUGUAUGUUAAGCGACACACCAAUGUGAGUAUCCUGUACGCAGACAUCGUUGGCUUCACCCGGUUGGCCAGCGACUGCUCCCCAGGAGAGCUGGUCCACAUGCUGAACGAGCUCUUUGGAAAGUUCGAUCAGAUUGCAAAGGAGAAUGAGUGCAUGAGAAUAAAAAUUUUGGGAGACUGCUACUACUGCGUGUCCGGACUCCCCAUAUCUCUCCCGAACCAUGCCAAGAAUUGUGUGAAAAUGGGACUGGAUAUGUGUGAAGCCAUAAAGAAAGUGAGGGACGCCACCGGCGUGGAUAUCAACAUGCGCGUUGGAGUGCAUUCUGGGAACGUCCUCUGCGGCGUGAUCGGUCUGCAGAAGUGGCAGUAUGACGUGUGGUCACAUGACGUUACCUUAGCCAAUCACAUGGAAGCCGGAGGGGUUCCUGGACGUGUUCACAUUUCUUCUGUCACCUUGGAACACUUGAAUGGCGCUUAUAAAGUGGAGGAAGGAGAUGGUGACAUCAGAGACCCAUAUUUAAAACAGCACCUGGUGAAAACCUACUUUGUAAUCAACCCCAAGGGGGAACGACGGAGUCCUCACCUCUUCAGACCUCGCCACACCCUCGAUGGAGCCAAGAUGAGGGCUUCCGUCCGCAUGACCCGGUACCUGGAGUCCUGGGGAGCAGCCAAGCCCUUUGCACACCUGCAUCACCGAGAUAGCAUGACCACAGAGAACGGCAAGAUCAGCACCACGGAUGUGCCAAUGGGUCAGCAUAAUUUUCAAAACCGUACCUUAAGAACCAAGUCGCAAAAGAAGAGAUUUGAGGAAGAAUUAAAUGAAAGGAUGAUUCAAGCAAUUGAUGGAAUUAAUGCACAAAAGCAGUGGCUCAAGUCUGAAGACAUUCAGAGAAUCUCGCUCCUGUUCUACAAUAAAAUACUAGAAAAAGAAUACCGAGCCACCGCACUGCCAGCGUUCAAGUAUUACGUGACCUGCGCGUGUCUCAUAUUGUUCUGCAUUUUUAUCGUGCAGAUUCUGGUAUUACCCAAGACGUCCAUUCUCGGGAUCUCCUUUGGAGCCGCGUUUCUCUUGCUUGCCUGUAUCCUUUUCGUCUGCUUUGCUGGACAGCUUUUGCAAUGCAGCAAGAAGGCCUCCGCCUCUCUCCUGUGGCUGCUGAAGUCGUCCAGCAUCAUCGCGGACCGGCCCUGGCCGCGGGUCUCCCUCACGGUCCUCACCACCGCCAUCAUCCUGACCAUGGCCGUGUUCAACAUGUUUUUCCUGAGCGACCCAGAGGAAGCCAUUCCUCCGACUGCCAACACAUCAAACACAAGUCUUUCUGCCUUAAACAAUCAGGCAGUGAUUCUGCGUGCACAGAAUUUGUUUUUCCUCCCGUACUUUAUCUACAGCUGCAUUCUGGGACUGAUUUCCUGCUCGGUUUUCCUGCGGGUGAAUUACGAGUUGAAAAUGCUGAUCAUGAUGGCGGCGUUGGUAGGCUACAACACCAUCCUUCUCCACACUCACGCCCAUGUCCUGGACGACUACAGCCAGGUCUUAUUUGAGAGACCAGGCAUUUGGAAAGACCUGAAGACCAUGGGCUCAGUGUCUCUCUUUAUAUUUUUCAUCACACUGCUUGUUCUGGGUAGACAGAAUGAAUAUUACUGUAGGUUAGACUUCUUGUGGAAGAACAAGUUCAAAAAAGAGCGGGAGGAGAUAGAAACCAUGGAGAACUUGAACCGCGUGCUGCUGGAGAACGUGCUGCCCGCGCACGUGGCCGAACAUUUCCUGGCCCGGAGCCUGAAGAACGAGGAGUUGUACCACCAGUCCUACGACUGUGUCUGUGUCAUGUUUGCUUCCAUUCCGGAUUUCAAGGAAUUCUACACAGAAUCGGAUGUGAACAAGGAGGGCUUGGAAUGCCUUCGGCUCCUGAACGAGAUCAUCGCCGACUUUGAUGAUCUGCUGUCCAAGCCGAAAUUCAGUGGAGUUGAAAAGAUUAAGACCAUCGGCAGCACGUAUAUGGCCGCGACCGGUCUGAGCGCCGUGCCCAGCCAGGAGCAUACCCAGGAGCCCGAGAGGCAGUACAUGCAUAUCGGCACCAUGGUGGAGUUUGCCUUUGCCCUGGUGGGGAAGCUGGACGCUAUCAACAAACACUCCUUCAAUGACUUCAAGCUGCGAGUGGGUAUUAACCAUGGGCCUGUAAUAGCCGGUGUGAUUGGAGCUCAGAAGCCACAAUACGAUAUCUGGGGCAACACCGUGAAUGUGGCCAGCAGGAUGGACAGCACCGGCGUGCUGGACAAAAUACAGGUCACUGAGGAGACAAGCCUCAUCCUCCAGACCCUGGGUUACACGUGCACAUGUCGAGGAAUAAUCAACGUGAAAGGCAAGGGGGAGCUGAAGACGUACUUUGUAAACACAGAAAUGUCAAGGUCCCUUUCCCAGAGCAACGUGGCAUCCUGA